AUGACAAAUAUAAGGUUGAUAUGUGGAGUGAGGCAGGGGGGGUUGAGCUCACCUAAUCUUUUUAACCUGUAUGUCAAUGCGCUGAUUGAGGGGCUAAGCAGCAUAAGGGUCGGAUGCCAUAUUGGUGGCGUAUGUUUCAAUAAUAUCAGCUACGCGGAUGACAUGGUGCUGCUGGCCCCCUCUGUCAGCGCAAUUAGGAGGAUGCUGACUUUUUGCGAGUCAUACGCUGAGACGCAUGGAUUGGUGUACAAUAACAAGAAAAGUGAAUACCUAGUCUUCAAGGCUGGCAACAGAUUACCGGAAAAUAUACCCUUAAUAAAGUUAAACGGGGCAUGUCUUGUUAGAGUACACCAAUUCAAGUACCUAGGUCACAUUGUCACAGAAGAUCUAAAGGAUAAUGUUGAUAUUGAGCGAGAACGCAGGGCGUUGUCGAUCAGGGCGAACAUGUUGGCCCGCAGAUUUGCUCGCUGCUCAACACCAGUUAAGAUCACGUCUUACAACGCCUUGCGUGUACAGUACAAUAACGCCUUUAGGGCAUUGUUGGGGCUGCCGCGGUACUGCAGUGCCUCUAGUAUGUUCGCGCACGCAGGGGUCGACAGUUUUCCGGCCAUGCUGCGCAAAAAGGCUAGCUCACUUUUAAGGCGAGUGCGCGGCAGUCGCAACAAUGUCUUAAGGGUCAUCGCCGAUAGCGAUGACUGUCCACUACUCAGGCAUUUGUGUGACAUUACAAGGUCACUUUUAGUUAUUAAGUACUAA